CCGCCGGGAGGGUCAGGCUGCGCGGAGCCGCUGGCUUCCGGGCUCAAAGGUUCUGGCUCCUCAGUGGUCCAGGCGGCCUCCGCCUUCCCCUUGCCCCGCCGGGAAGGGCACUGAGGCGCGGCGGAGUCCUGGCCGCAGAGGCUGGGCACGGUGGCCGCGGAACCCGCCAUGUGGCUUUGGCUGCUGCUGGCCGUUCCGCUGCUGCUGGUCUUCUGCAGAAGGCACCUGCCGCUGUCCGCAGGCAGAGCCCCGAACCCCUUCUCCGAGGACGUCAGGCGGCCCCCCGCGCCGCUGGUAACCGACAAGGGGGCCAGGAAGAAGGUCCUCAAGCGAGCUUUCUCAGCCAGCCGAGUGCCAGAGAAGCUGGAUGCAGUGGUGAUUGGCAGUGGCUUUGGGGGCCUGGCUGCAGCUGCGAUUCUGGCCAAAGCUGGCAAGCGAGUUCUGGUGCUUGAACAACAUACUAAGGCAGGAGGCUGCUGUCAUACUUUCAGACAUAAUGGCCUUGAAUUUGAUACAGGAAUCCAUUAUGUUGGGUCCAUGCAAGAGGGCAGCAUUGGCCGUUUUGCCUUGGACCAGAUCACUGAGGGGCAGCUGGACUGGGCUGCCUUGUCCUCUCCCUUUGACAUCAUGGUACUAGAAAGGCCCAAUGGCCGAAAGGAGUUCCCCAUGUACAGUGGGAAGAAAGCUUACAUCCAGGGCCUCAAGGAGAAGUUUCCCCAAGAAGAAGCUGCCAUUGACAAAUAUGUAAAGCUGGUUAAGGUGGUGUCCUGUGGAGUCAUCCAUGCCAUCUUGUUGAAGAUGCUCCCGUUGCGCAUAGCUCAGCUCCUUGGCAAGUGUGGGCUGCUCACUCGGUUCUCUCCGUUCCUUCGUGCAUCCACCCAGAGCCUGGCUGAGGUCCUGCAGCAGCUGCCAGCCUCCCUGGAGCUCCAGGCGGUGCUCAGCUACAUCUUCCCCACUUACGGUGUGACUCCCAGCCAUAGUGCCUUUUCCAUGCAUGCUCUGGUGGUUGACCACUACAUAGAAGGGGCCUUUUAUCCUCGAGGGGGUGCCAGUGAAAUCGCUUUCCACACCAUCCCUGUGAUUCAGCGGGCUGGGGGCGAGGUCCUGACGGGUGCCACUGUGAGGAGUAUCUUACUAGACUCAGCUGGGAAAGCUUGUGGUGUCACUGUGAAGAAGAAUCAGGAGCUGGUGAACAUCUAUUGCCCUAUUGUGAUCUCCAGUGCAGGACUCUUCAAUACCUAUAACUACCUGUUGCCAGAGAAUGCCCGCUGUCUGCCAGGUGUGAAGCAGCAGCUGGAGAUGGUGCGGCCUGGCGUGGGGGCCUUCUCCAUUUUUAUCGGCCUACGAGGUACCAAGGAGGACUUGGGUCUGCAGUCCACCAACUACUUUGUCUGCUUUGACACAGACCUCGACAAGGCGAUGGAGCACUAUCUGUCGAUGCCCAGGGAAAAGGCUGCAGCACACAUGCCCAUCCUCUUUAUUGCUUCUUCAUCAGCCAAAGAUCCCACUUGGGAGGACCGGUUCCCAGACCGGUCCACAAUGACUGUGCUGGUGCCCACCUGUUAUGAGUGGUUUGAAGAGUGGCAGGAGGAAGCAAAAGGAAAGCGGAGCAGCAACUAUGAGACCCUCAAACACUCCUUUGUUGAAGCCUCUCUGUCGGUCAUCAUGAGAUUGUUCCCACAGCUGGAGGGCAAGGUGGACAGUGUGGUCGGAGGGUCCCCACUGACCUACCAGUUUUAUCUGGCUGCUCCCCGGGGUGCCUGCUAUGGGGCAGACCAUGACCUGGACCGUCUACAUCCUCAUGUGAUAGCCUCCCUGAGGGCCCAAAGCCCCAUUCCCAACCUCUACCUGACAGGCCAGGAUAUCUUCACCUGUGGGUUGAUGGGGGCCUUGCAAGGGGCCCUGCUAUGCAGCAGUGCCAUCCUGAAGCGGAACUUGUACUUAGACCUUAAGAAGCUCGACUCAAGGAUCCAGGCACAGAAGAAGAAAAAAUAGUUCAGUAAGCAACGAAUCCGAGGAUUCUGGCUAACACUAUGGCACAACCCUUGACAUAGCCAUAGUGUCUUUCUGUACUGGUUCCUUCCUCACAUAAAGCACUCUAAUUUGUUUUUGAUUUCUGAAGAGGUCUGACACACAGGUCACAGUUCUCAAGCUGCAGUUCUUCUAGCUGGGCAGGUGAUGAGCUCCCAUACCUCUCUAAUGUGCUAUCUGUACUAAAAGGCCUGGUGUGGGCCAGUGACUUGGGCAGCCUGUCUUGUCAAGCAAUGCUUUGCAUACCACACUCCCAUACCUCACAACUCUAAGUAGUCAGAAGUCAAGUGUUCUUUGGUUAGAUGGACCGAGCCCUCAAAAGUGUUGGCCAGCUGAAGCAACUUGAUCCAGUUGUCCCGAGGCUCCUCCUCUUCUAUUCUAUGUGCUGUGCUGCAGGAGUUCCACACUACUGAGGAUAAGAGGUACCUAAAGAGAUUUUUAUCAAAACCUGGGCAUGAUUUUGGUUGCAGUUCCAUAGGUUCAGAGGACCCCUGAUCCCAUUUUUGCUGGUUCCAAUGGCUCUUUCAGAGGGUGGGGAAAUACCUAGGACAGGUUCACUCUGGUUGUGGACGUGGGGAUAAAGACAUUACUUAGCAGGGUGUAUGUUAGAAUAUCCAGUUCUUAUACAGCCAAGCCCUCAGUUUGUCUUCCUUAUUUUCAAGUUGACAACAGGUCUUCAUCGGGCCAACACCAAGAUACCCUCGUGCAGCUCACUACCUGAGCCUCAAGGUUUAUCUUCCAAAAAUCAACAGCAAAGGGUGACGUUAGUAGUUAGGGCACAGGACUGGAAAGUGGACUCCACUGGGGUUGAAGCAGGUCACGGGUAUAGCAGAUGACAAUCACAGAGGUAACUGGAAGACACUGGAAGACAAGCCAUCUACAUGCUAGACAUAGAACAUGGCUACCUGGUAGGGAGGAAUGGGGCUGGAAAUCAGACAGGAUCAGAAUGUAGAAAGCACACAGAAUGUGUGCAAGGGCCAGGGACAGUGUUCCUGGUUAUUGAUACAUGCAAGGGGAUUGGAUGGGAAGGUGAACAAAGGCUGAAAAAAAAAGUGGCCUUUCACUUCUAAAGGCCUUAUUUCUAUCAGUUUUAUUACCAUUUUAAUAAAUUUAAUGAUAUUAGAGCUUUAA